AUGUACUUCCUACAUAAACGCCGCUGUCAGAUCGUAACCCAGCUUAUGUUGACUUUCGAGGAUGAGACUGAUGUUGAUGAUACCCCACGGGAAGCUAUUUCCGACGACGUAGGGGGCAUGUCUGUCGAGGAAAAACUAAGGCUUUGGGCCAAUAAGAUGGACGUAACAUGUGUGUCACCCCCUCAGCAAGAUCGAUUUCAGGGCAUCGAGGACACAGAAGAGGAUACUCUGGGGCCCGUUGCAAUGCCGGAAUACCGCAGCAUUGUGCUGAGCGGAAAUGCAUUCCAAUGGCUGGUUGCAUGCUUGAAGACCGAGAUGAGCUUGCAAUGCGACCAGGACCACUCUGGAAACAACACUCGAAGAGAAAUCCGACAAGCAAUACUCGAAUGUCUUCCAACAGGUAGAAUCAGCAAAAAGAACUCGCCAAAGAUUCAUACAGUCCGAUUCCGGCUCCUCGAGUGGCCUUUCAUUGCUGCCUCUGCAUGGCAGCCUAUGGAUCGCGAGGCCGAGUUGUUCGUCAGGCGACCGACCUUCGAGUCUAUCAUUGUUGCGUACUGCAAGGAUGGCGGCCAAGCAAUUUCAAUCAAGCGUUACUUGGCGCAAGUAUGGCCAUCAACCUGGAGCAGUUUACUCAACUUGCUACUGCCAGUUAUGGACUACUUCGAGGAUCAUAGCCCACAUGAACCUUGCAUUGGUACAUCAAUUUCCCUUUCGUUGUCUUGGGAAUACGAAGCUGAGAACUUUAUAGUUGACUUGGUACACAACUACUGUACAAACCUGAGGGCGACGUUUGAAGGUAAUCACCUAGUCGUAACAGUUCAGGCGCCCUCCUACUUGAUUGCCGAGUUUGGCGAGCAGCUUGCGUGGCUCUCUGCUGCUGUUUCUCGUCACUUCGAUGGUCCCAUCGCACACCGCACUCCUGCCAUCUUUCGGAAAAGCGUCGACGAGGCACGAUAUUGCGAAGACUUGAUUGGUUUUGAUAUCGCGGUUGAAGAGGAGGUGAAAAAGUGUUUGACUCCACAAGAAGCCCGCUGGACACAGGUUUUAGACAGGCGCUUUGUCGCGAUAGCAGGGUUUCCCGUCCUGAGUCGUCCAGCGAAACUUCCUGGAACCGAGGUUUCUUGGGAGAUUCUUGAAGCGUUCCUUGGAGAGUAUAAUUUCAUGAACCGAGAAGGGCAGGUGUUUCUGGAAGGAAGCGAUAAAACUGUGGCUUUGGUCAAAUACCAUAGAGAGGUGUAUCUUUGGCGGAACGUUUCAAGUGGCGAAAGACCUUGCUGUCACUCUACAGGCGAAUCGAAAGAUGACUUCACUGAUGUCAUGGUAUGCGAGCUGCUCAAAUUCCAAAUCAGUCGACAUAUCUUGGACUCCGUCGAUGAGGCAGCCAUAGGUACAAACCCGUACUUUCAUGACAAGGAAGCCACCUCGGCUCCAGGUUUCAGUAAUAGAAUGCAUUGGACAACACCUGGUCAGAACCUUUCGAGAAUUACGGGACGAGUGUUAAACACAUCGACAACAGGGAAGGACGACGAACAUUCUAUCAUUGACCUCACACUAGAUGGACCUUCACCGAAGGAUGCCAGUUGUCAUUUUGAUGUUACCGACAAGUCAGAGACGUCAUUCGAGUCCGAUUUGCUGUCGAUUUCGGACCUCUCAGAUGAAGCUAGUCUCCCACGGUUAUCGGAAAACGACCCCGUAUUUCUAGUCAUCAAGGACGUUGCUCUUACUUUGCUCACUAAACACCGUUUCCAGACUCGUGGAAAGACGACAGGCGGUGGGGGGGUUCCUGCAUCAGUAGCAUCGACAAAUCCACAAGGACAAGCUCUGCCUUUGAACAGCGAGCAACUUCCAGCCAAGGGAAAGCGCAAAGUCGCAGACGAACUCGACUCGGAACAAGGAUCCAAAAAGAAGAUAUACUCAGCAAAGAAACAGGAACCCACGCUCGCUUGCCCGUUCUGGAAGUUGGAUCCCCUACAACAUCACAAUUGUGCUAGACGAAAACUCACGAGAGUCCGCGACGUUAAACAGCACCUCAACAGGGGCCACACACCUAAACACUAUUGCCAGCGCUGUUUGAGGCUCUUUGCAGACGAUUACGCCCUUUGCCAGCACGUUUCUGAUGAGAACGGUUGGACGUGUCCUCUUUCCGCCCCGGAUACACUGAACGGGGUUUCACACGAACAAAGCAGAAAGCUUCAUCGAAAAUCAGCCCCUUCAUUGUCAGAUGAAAACCAAUGGUUUGCAAUCUGGGAGAUUCUGUUUCCUGGAAAGACGAGGCCUCGCUCUGCGUAUAUGAACCCAGAGAUUUCCGAAGAUCUUGAAGCCUUCCAACAGCACUUAGAUUCCCGCGCUGGGCCGGUCCUUCACCAAGCGUUGGAGUUGGCAGGGUUGCUUGAAGGUAUCACGACGGAGGAAGAAACGCAACUUGUGCAAAGAGUAAUCAGUCAAGCACUGUUUAGAAUGCAACGAGAUUGGCUGUCGAGCCGGUCUCUGAUCCCGCAGGCGACAAACUCUGUAGCGUCUUUUGUCCAGACGCCUCGUAGCAACAUUCACGCGAGUAGUUUCGGAACCCCGGCUGCUUCUUCGGCAGACAGCGGGAUUGCUCUGGGACCACAAAAUGACUCGGUCAAUAUUCAGCUGGCUGGGUCGCAUGGUCCGUUGCCAUCAAAUGCAGACGCUCUCGCAGGCCAGCAUAGCUCCUUUGCGAGCGCGCCACAAACUUUGGGGGGCACAUUGGAUUUCACCCAACCAACCCUUUCAGGUUUGAGCAACCUGCCUACGGAAGCCUUUCAUUGGGGUCAGACGGAUAGACCAUAUGAGGCUGGUUUGGCUGCGGCCGACUUCGCCGUCAUGACGCAUGAUCACAUGAGUUUCGCAGCACUUGAUAUCCCGUGCUUUGAUGUCGGUGGUACUGAGGCUCAGAUUGAGCUUGCCAGGAUGGAAGGAAACGCAGAGGAGCUUCGGUCACCGCGGACACAUACGUCGGCGCUCUAG